ACUUAUUAGAAGAAUUGGUCUUUAUCAGCUUUUGAUUGAGAACAAGAAAGCAAGAGGUUACUUCUGCAACCCUAACAACGUCAAAGUCAACAUUAAAACUCCAGUUGUCGAUUUGUGGACUUUUGCAAAUGAAGAUCAGGAUGAAGAUUUUGCGAUUGUGAAGCAUAUUUCUUCAUAACUAGCAAUGUCUCGAAUUUAACAGGGUUUUUUUUAGCUUAAUUAGAUGAUGGUGGUUGAAAUGUCCUGGAGCUCAGCUCUUCAGAUACUGUUUUGCGUGGCUCUCAUGUUUGUGAUCAUAACUGGAAAUUCUUUUGUAGUGGCAUCGUAUUUUUCAAACUUAAGACUCCGCACUGGUACUUACACGUUUCUGGUGAGUUUGGCUAUCUCGGAUCUACUGGUGGGAUGUGUAUCUCUACCUCUGUGGAUAUACGUCAGUUUGACAGGCACACAUUAUGGACCUCUGAAUACGUUUUUCAUCUCCUUCGACAUCUUAAGUGCAAUGGCUUCAAUCUUUCAUCUAACAACCGUUAGCCUGGAACGAUGGUUGGCCAUUUCGCGCCCCUUUAUUCACGAAGUACUCUCCACGACACAUUAUACGAUAGUCAUAUGCUGUGUUUGGAUGACAGCUUCCGUGAUAGCAGCAAUUCGACCUGCCCUGCAUAAAUCUUCGAGUGACUCGAGCAAUAGUCCAUACAGAAUUUACACUCCGUUUUUGUUGUUCGUUGGUUAUGUUGGACCAGGAAUUCUUGUGAGCGUUGUCAACAUUUCCAUUUUUAAGGUGGCUCGGGCGCUGAUCUCCAAUCUUCCAACAAUAGCAAAUCAGGAAGAAAGCAACAAAAUACGCAAGAACUUAAAAAAACAACGCCGCACAGCCCUCACCCUUACAUUUGUGACUGCGCUUUUUCUCGUUUCUUGGUUGUCUUUCUUUACAGUGAGCACCAUUUCGGUGUUUUGCAGACAGUGCUUUCCUUUCCAUAAACUCUCGGGUUUCCUUCUGUUUUCAAAAUGGCUCCAGUACAGUAACAGCGCCAUGAAUCCAUUAGUGUACGCCUUCCGCGAUUUAGAACUGCGAAAAACGUUUGUAAGGCUUCUAAGCCGCUGCAGACGCCGAGUGACGAUACAUCAAGCGCUUCGAGUGGCUCCAGUGAAUAUGUCCUUGACUCAAAGAAGUACGAGAUUUCGGACUGAUCCAACGACGAUGCUCAACGAAACCCAGGUAUAA